AUGGGCUGGUUUGACGGCGGUUCGUCUUUGGCCGAUUGGGCUCCUGGUGCCUCUUCCUCCUCUCAUAAACACCAUCGAUCGCAUUCACACGACAAACACCAUAGGAGCAGCAGCCACCAUCGCUCUUCCGGCUCUAUCUUUGGCGGCGGGGAUCAUCACAAACACAAUUCCUCCAAAGCGAGCUUUUUUGGAGGAGAUUCGAAACGCAAUCGGUCGAGUUCGAGUAUCUUCGGAAGUGGAGACCAUAAGCACAAUUCUUCACGGUCGAGUUUCUUUGGAGGCUUUGGUGGCGGUGGAAGAUCCUCCUCAUAUUACAAACGUAGCCCUCGAGGCGGAUUCAUGAAGCGCGCAUACUCCAAGCUUCGAAGGCUACUGCGGGACCUGAUAUACUACAUGAAGAAAAACCCCAUGAAGGUUUUCAUGCUGGUCAUAAUGCCUCUUAUAACUGGUGGAGCUUUGACAGGGCUUCUUCAUAAAUUUGGAAUCAGGCUACCACACGGUUUAGAGAAGAUGAUGGGUGGAGCUAGAGGCGGUGGAGGGGUCGGGCAUGAUCGUCAUGGUGGGAUGCAAUUCGAAAGGACUCAUGUCGAAGGGAGUGGUCCUCUUGGUGCUAUGGGUGGUGCUAUGGAGAGCAUGGGAGGUGUCAGCAACGUUGUUGGAGCUAUGGGCGGCAUUGGAAGCGCCAUGAAGAUGGCGAAAAUGUUCAUGUGA